AUGGAUGUUGUAAUGAAUUCUCUGUUGGAUUGGGCAUUUACUGAGGCUGAGAUUAAGGAUGUUGUGAUGAAUUGGGAUGGUUAUAAAUCGUCCUUGCCAGGUAGAUUCACAAUGGCCUUCUUUAAGAAUUUCAAGGAGGAAAUUAUGGUGGAUCUGUUGUUAGAAGUGGAAAAUCCUUGGGGGGUGAGCAUGGGGGAUGGUUUGUACAUAAAUCCUUUACAGUUUUCAGAUGAAGGCUUUUUUGUUUCUCUUGAGCAAAGGAAAAUGGAGGGGCUUGGAAAAACAAGGGAUGAUGAGUAUCAAAACAAACAUGGAAGUGGUACUUUUGAAGGUCCAUCUGGUGAUGAUCAAGAUGCAGGUGAUGACCAACAACAAAAUAAGAAGAAGAAAUACCACAGACAUACUCGUCAACAAAUUAAGGAGCUUGAAGCUUUGUUCAAUGAGACUCCUCAUCCCGAUGAAGAGCAAAGAUUAGAUAUUAGUAAGAAGCUAGGCUUGGAGACAGAUAAUGUCAAGUUUUGGUUUCAGAACAAGAGAACCCAAAUGAAGGAGCAAUUGGAACGCCAUGAGAACAAGCAUCUAAGGCAAGAAAAUGAGAAGCUUCGAGUAGAGAACUAUGUUAUGCAUAAAGCUAUGGAAAAUGCAACAUGCAACAAAUGUGAUGGUACAAUCAUUUCUACGGGGAACCAACUGAUACUUGAGAAUUCUAAACUAAAGGAUCAAUUGAAUCAAAUGCAUGCCUUAAUAUCGACUAUUCUCAUGAAAGCUCUACCAACCCCAAACUCUGGUGUCAUUGGAAGAUACGAGGUUGGUGGGUCAAGCAAUUUUAGCACGCCCUUGUUGCCAAUGGGACAUGAUCUAAGAAAUGAAGUUAUGGGCACUCCACUCAAUACGCUUUCUGGAAUCACACCACCAAUGGAAUUGGUGAGUAGUGAAGCUGAGCUUAAGAGAUCUAUGUUGUGGAGUCUUGCAUUAGCUGCUAUGGAUGAAUUAAUUAAGAUGGCUGAGCCAGAUAGCCCUCUUUGGAUCAAGAGUUCAGAUGGAGGGAAAGAUGUAUUAAACCAGGAUGAGUAUGCAAGGAUUUUUUCUCCUUAUAUUGGUCCAAAUCCGAUUGGUUAUGUAACUGAAGCUUCGAGAGAAACCGGGCUAGUACUUUUCAACAGUUUGUCCCUUGUGGAGACAUUGAUGGACGCAGAUCGUUGGCCAGGAAUGUUUCCAUCUAUGGUUGGUAAAGCUGUAACCGUGGAAGUGAUAUCAAGUGGCAUGAAUGGAUAUAUAAGCGGAGCUUUGAUAAUGAUGCAAUGUGAGGUUCAAUUACCUUCCCCACUUGUCCCAGUUAGGGAAUGGAAUAUCUUGAGAUUUUGCCAGCAAUAUGCAAAAGGUGUAUGGGUUGUUGUUGAUGUAUCUAUUGAUAAUGAAAGUUCAUCAAUGAGUUACAAGAGGCUUCCUUCCGGAUGUAUUGUUCAUGGCAUAUCAAAUAGUUUGUCCAAGAUCACAUGGGUUGAUCAUUCCCAAUAUGAUGAGAGUGUUGUCCACCAACUGUAUCGCCCUUUAGUUAAUUCGGGCAUUGGGUUUGGUGCUCAAAGAUGGGUCGCAACUCUCCAAAGGCAGUGUGAAUUCAUUGCAAUGCUCAUGUCCUGUUGUGUUCCAUCUGCAGACACCCCGGACAUAAGCCAAGGUGGUAGGAGAAACAUGUUGAGGCUUGCACAACGUAUGGCCAAUUAUUUUUUGUCUGGAAUCUGUGCUUCAUCUUCUUGCAAGUGGGAUAUCCUUCACAUGGGUAACAAUGGCACAAGGUUUAUGUCUCGGAAACAUGUUAACAACCUUGGUGAAGAUCCUGACAAUGUCAUCAGCGUCACAACUUCUGUUUUGUUGCCAGUGUCGCGGAAAAUUUUGUUUGAUUUCCUGCGCAAGAGUCGAUACAGAGGUCAAUGGAACAUGUUUUCGAAUGAUAUACCAGAGCAAGAGAUUCUUCAUUUGAGCAAAGGACAGAAAGAAGGAAAUUGUGUUUCAGUCCUCGGGGAUUAUAAUAAUGUUGGUAAUGAAAAUAUUAUGAGCAACUUGCUUUGGGUGCAAGACUCCUGUGAUGACACCUCUGGGUCUAUGAUAGUGUAUUCCCCCAUUAAUGUUCAAUCUUUCAACAUGGUGGUGAAUGGUGAAGAUUCUGUAGAUGUUCCUCUCUUGCCUUCAGGCUUUGUUAUUCUUCCAGAUGGCGCUAGGACUUUACCUGAUGGUAGCAGCAGUAGUAGAGGUGGUCGUAACAGCGAUGGUGGCAAAUGCCUGCUUACAUUAGGCUUUCAAAUGAAUCUGGAUAACAACUUCGCAAUGGAGUCAGUUGAUACUAUGAAUGGGCUUAUCUCAUGCACUAUUGAGAAGAUAAAGGAAGCACUUCUAGUUGCAUGAAUGAACCAUUUCUUUUCUUUGAUUUAAGUCAUUUUCAACCUAAUAUCUUUUUCAUUUAUGUUUAAAUAAAGACAUGAAAAAUGUCAUAUUUUGAUGUAUUGGAGAGUUUAGAUUCUAGUGGAUGAGGCCAAAAAUGUGGCUUGCAUUUGCAAGGCAAGAUUUCAAUCGAUUAAGAGAUGA